UGGCCACAUCCAAGGUUACCUAACGCAAAUACUCGGACAUUAGCCAUGCCAGCCUUUCGUGUUGACGUGCACCAUCAUUUCGUCCCGCCCUUCUACGCACAAGCGCUCGUAGAUGGUGGCGGUGAUCCAUCAGGCUGGAGCAUACCAGCAUGGACACUCGACAAGGAUAUUCAAAUGAACAAGGAAGAGAAGAUAGGGUUCACCUUCUUGUCCAUCACGGCUCCAGGAGCAGGUAUUCUGCCCCGCGGAGAGAAGCAAGCAAGUUUCUGCCGCCAGGCCAACGAGUACUCGGCCAAAAUACGGUCCAACUACCCAGAGGAGUUCGGCUUCUUCGCCAGCAUCCCUUCGUUGCAGGACCCCGAUGCCGCACACGCGGAGAUCGCCUAUGCACUGGACGUCCUCAAAGCUGACGGUGUCACCCUGUAUACUCGGUACGGGACCGACAACCAUUACCUCGGCCACCCGGACUUCAAAACAACGUGGGACCUGCUCGACUCCCGCGGUGCAGUGGUCUUUGUGCACCCCACUCAUCCCGUUGACACCGCCAUCAUCAACCCGUCCCUCCCCCAGCCCAUGAUCGACUACCCGCACGAGACAACUCGUACGGCAGUCGAUCUGAUAACCUCGGGUACUGUGCGUUCUCAUCCCAAUGUCAGGAUAAUCCUCUCGCACGCGGGUGGUACGCUCCCAUACCUCGCCAACCGCCCUGCAGCCAUGCUGCCAUACGUAAUCUCAUCAACAGCACCUGACGCAAAGCUUACUGAGCACUUCAUGGAGGACGCAAAGAGCUUCUAUUUCGACACUGCGCUGUCGUCGGCGCCUCUGACACUGAGCUUGUUGAAGGAGUUCGCCAGACCUGGCCAUGUACUUUUUGGCAGUGAUUUCCCGUACGCUCCGACACCAGCGAUCAGACUGAUGGAUAAGUUUCUGGACGAACGGGAGAGUCAUGAUGGAGAUUUCGUGCGAUCGGUAAACUUCCAGGCGGCGCUGGAGCUGUUCCCUCGGCUUGCUGGGCUUAGCAGGUUCAAUGGCACUGGAUCAAUAUAAGUUAAUAGAACCUCAAUGCAUUGCAUCAAUUUUUGACGGGGUUCUCA